CAUUCAGGUUCAAUUGCCAGGUCAAUGCAAUCACUCCCUUCCCCCUGCAAGCUCUUUACUGGUUAAGGAUCAUUAUUACUCCUCUCAAUCAUCUCCGGCUCAGGUGACCGGCGACUAUUCUACCUCUCCUUUCAUACUACUUCAGUACACUUGUGUCUCUCAAUAAUCUCCUAGUACUGCUGUCUACGUCCUUUGAAUAGUCUUUUUUAAAAAAAAUAGUAAUAGUCAACUUCAUCUCCAAGUAAACCAAUGUAUCUCUUCUUCCUGGCAAUACCUCUCUCGAUAGCAUUGAUUGGAUUGAUCUACUACAAUCGACAAAGGCAGCAAGAAUUUGAAGAACCGCCGGUUGAAGGGUACUACGUUUAUCCACCCCCGCUGCCCCAUCAAAGCGCGCUUCAUCCGAGCCAUUACUGGAUGGCACCCGGGGCCGUUGACCCUCUUGGAUAUCCCAAUCAUUGUCAAGCGUUUGCACCUCAACCAGCGCCUUACAAGGAGCCAUCCCAAUACCAAGACUCUCUGAAUCGAAAUCCACAUGCCCCAGAGCGUCUCUCCAGCUUCCAAGAUCCGCAGAUCAGAAGCCCUCAAAAAAUUGCUCAGCCUGGAUUCUCCAAUGCUUCGAAUACCAUCACUUCUGAAAAGAUGCUCGUUCGAGAUAACUCUUCUCUUCAACUCCCUACCCCAACACUUGAUAACAAGAACACGAUCUUAUCACCUAUUUUUCCAGAAUACACCCGGGGAAAGGAGGCUGCUGGAUAUAUCAAUCAAGUCCCUUCAGAACAAAAACAUGAACCUUACCUUUCGACAUACCAAGAGGGCUUAAUAAAUCGGUUGUCUGACCCACCAAGCGUUGUGGAAGCGCACAUCAAAGAAUCAUUUGGAGACACGGUUCGGGAAGUAAAGACAUGCGACGAUUCGUUAAGUUCCAACUUAGGAAGGGGGAGCGCGGGUGGAGCAGAUUCUGUGGACAGUUUCCCGGUGAGUAUGAGGAUAGUGGAGCCGGUAGCAGGGACUGGAAACGCCUUCGGACGGGCGAUCGUCGAGGAGAUGGCCGUUCCGGACAGCCCCAAGAUGGAUGAGCGCGCGCCAGUCGAGCAAGGCGGCCUGGACGGACGAGAUCAUCAGCCCGAGGUACUCCCCCGAUACACCUCCGUGGAUGCCAAGGUCUUCGAACGCUACAAAAACCGACUCUCCCUCAAACAGGACGACAGUUAUAUCGGUAGACUCAGGGAUAGCUAUCACCCCCCUGAAACCGUCUCGCCUCCUCGAAAAGUCAUCAGAGAUGAUAACUUCUUCAUCAAACCAUCUAGUCCGGCUCCUAAUCCAGACACCAAUACCACAAAGAAGUAACAUCGUGUUUAUAUAUAUAUGUUUUUUCUCCCCAGUUAUCCAGUUUUCUCUAUUACAAAAUACCUCACAAGCAUUAUUCAACAAAACAAUCUUAAUUUAUUUCAUCUCUUCUUGUUUGAUAAAACAGUAGCAGGGAGAUGGGGGGGGCAUGAAAUGAUUCAAGAAAGAUGUCUAGUUGUCUGUGAAUUUAGCAUCUACAUAAUAUAUCAUGCAGUAUAUAAUCAAGUACAUAUUUUGCUAUUUUGUCAAUUGUAAUAAUAACUUCCAAAAAUAUGUAUCUCCAUUU